UCUUACAAAAAUGGUUCGAUAUUGCAUUUUAUGUUGUAAUCAUGAUAAAACAGUGUCUUACCACAAAUUUCCAAAAGAUAUGCACAUAAGGAAAAAAUGGUUAGAGUUUUGUAAUUUUGGUGAAAAUUUUGCAGUUAAAACUUCCACUUAUUUAUGCUCAAAACAUUUCACAGAAAAAGAUUAUCUUCUUACAGCAACUAAUAGAAUUUUAAUGAGUGGAAGCAUACCAUCUAUUUAUCAUGUCAAAAAAAGAAAAAGUUAUAUAAAUAUAUAUUAUAAUUGUAGCAAUCAAAACUAUAACAGCAAAGUUGAGAUUGCAAAAUGCUACAAAAAUGAAUAUAUGGUAAAUAUGUGUCAAGAGGAAUCAUGUUCAACAAUGAUAAAUGUAUGUGAGAAGGAACCAUCAUGUUCGACUGUAAUAAAUGUAUGUAAAGAGGAACCAUCAUAUUCCACUAUAAUAGUUGAUAAAAAUACGGACGAAUUAAUUCUUAAAGAAGAAAAAAUUGAUCAUAAUAUUGAUGGAAUGUCGCCAAUGGACUUUACUCAUCCAAACUCUCCACAUGAACCACGUUAUAUUGGCGAUAUUAGGAUAUCACAUUUAGCUACACCACAAAAAGCUGAGAGAGCUUUAAAUCUAGCAAAAUUCACAGUAAAAAAACAAAGAAGGAAAAUUUUAACUUUACAACAAACAACUACUAGAUUGAGAAAGCGUAUUAAAACCAUGAAAACUUUGAUAGAUCAUCUGAAGAAAAGAAUGUUAUAUCAGAUGAUGCUGCUAAUCGAUUAAUGACAAUUAUUUUAGACAUAAUUCGAUCCAAUGCGAGAAAUUUUAAAACAUAAAAAAGCCAGAAAAAGGAAAUAUUCACCUGAAUUAAGAGCAUUUGCACUUACGUUAAACUUUUAUUCGUCGAAGGCUUAUUAUGUACAAUUAUGUACGAAAGAGUUCUUGUAAUCUUUUACCUGAACCCUCUAAUAUUCAAAAAUGGUAUUUAGUAUUGAAUGCACGCCCUGGAUUUACAGCUGAAGCAUUUGAAACUCUAAAGUGUCAGGUUAAAAUAAAUAAUCUUUUAUGUAAUAAUAAUUUUAUGUAAUCUCGUAAUAGAUAAAAUAGGGAUUCGACAAGUAAUGAUGGACAGAGAUACUAUGGACUCAUUGAUUUAGGGGUUGAUCGUAUUGACGUCUUUAACGAUGAAUUAUUCACGUGGAUUAUUCACUUUAUACAACAAACGCCUUAAUUUUCAUGUUCAUUGCGAUCAACGGCCAUUGGAAAAUUCCUGUAGGAUAUUUUUUGUUGAAGUCGUUAAAUGCAACUGAGAGAGCUAGUUUAUUAGAAAAAUGCUUUGAGUUAAUAAAAAUGACAGGAGUAAAAGUAUAUUCUGUAACUUUCGAUGGAGCUAGUCAAUAUAAAUAUGUGCAAAUAUUUAGAAGCAAAUUUCAAAUUAAGCUCUGUUUUUAAACUGUAUUUCAUCAAUCCCAUAACGAAAGAAAAAGUUUUCUUUCUAUUUUUUUAAUCCAUGUUAAAAUUAAUACGAAGCACUUUGGGUGAUUACAAAAUUUUGAAAAGUAAAGGUGAAGAUAUUCAUUGACAAGAUAUUGUACUUCUCAAAAGCUAGAAGAAGAAGAAGGAUUAUGCACUGGUAUAAAUUGACUAAAAAAUAUAUUUUGUACCAAAACAACAGAAUGAAUAUGAAAAUAGUGGCUCAAAUUCUGAGUGAAAGUAUUAGUUCUAUCAAAUAUUUACAUGAAAGUUUUAAGUAGUUUUUUCUUCCAAAAAUACAGUUAAAUUCUGAUGUUCAAUAAUGCUUUUGAUAUCUUGAACAUGCGUAGUCAGUUUGCAAAGAGGACAAUUUAUAAAGUAUCUUUAACGGAUGAAAACUAUGAUGAGUUAAAAGCUCAUGCUGAUGAACAAUACAUCAGCGAUUUUAAAACUGUACAAGACCUAUUGAUUCUAAAAAUUCAUGGAAAAGUUGGCUUUUUAGGAUUCAUUAUCUGUUUAAAAAAUAUAUUCGAGUUGUAGGUUUUGAAACAAUUAGAACUGAAUUAUUUAAGCUCAAUUAAGAUUAUUUGAAGAUAUAUUUUAGCGCCAUAAGAAGUUUCAAUGACAAUCCUAACACUCAACAAUUUCAAACAACAUGUAAAAGGUUGAUAGGUAUGAAAUUAGUGCAUCGGAAAAGGGCAAAUUAAUGAUAUGUCUAUGAUUGCCUAAUUAAUGAUAUCCAUAUUGCAUGUAUGUUCAACAAAUAAAUACUGUGAUCCAAUGUA